AUGGCCGAAGCUCAGCUCGAGGACUUCUCGUCCCUGUUUUCCCUGAAGGGCAAGGUUGCCGUCAUCACCGGUGGCUCCCGUGGUUUGGGGUUGAGUGCUGCUUCUGCCAUCCUCCAAUCCGGCGCCUCCCUCGUCUUCAUCUCCUCGCGCAAGGCCGCCGCCUGCGAAUCCGCCGUCGCCACCCUCAACGCCCUCCCCAACCUCUCCCCCGGCGCCAAGGCCAUCUCUGUGCCGGCCGACUGCGCCACCCAAGCCGGCGUCACCCACCUCGUCGAGCAGGUGAAGAAGCACACCGACCACGUCGACAUCCUCCUCGCCAACGCCGGCGCCACAUGGGGCGAGUACAUCGACACUCACUCCGACUCGGCCUUUGCCAAGGUCAUGGACCUCAACGUCAAGGGCGUCUUUAACCUCAUCCGUGACUUCGUGCCCCUCAUGAGCAAGAACGCCAGCGUUGAGACGCCGUCAAAGGUGAUUAUCACUGCGUCGGUGGCUGGGUUGGGGAUUGGUACUUUGGGCAAGCAGGGCACGUAUGGGUACAGUGCUAGCAAGGCGGCGGUUAUUCACCUGGGGAGGAACUUGGCUGUGGAAUUGGGCCCGAGGCAUAUCAGCGUGAACAGCAUCUGCCCUGGGUUUUUCCCUAGCAAGAUGAGCAAUGGGCUGCUGGAGAUGAGCGGUGGGCAUGAUGCGUUUGCCAAUGCCAACCCGAUGAGGAGGUUAGGGAGACCGGAGGAUAUUGCUGGUGCGAUUGUGUAUCUGUGCAGUCGGGCGAGUAACCACGUGAACGGUGCUGAUUUCGCCAUUGAUGGUGGUGCUAUGUGGGCUAGGGGGCAGUUGGAUUCCAAGCUUUGA